CAAGGCUUAGGGUGAGCUUCCACGGAUCAGAGACACAGAAAGUAGCUGGAGGCAGAGCUGUCCGGGCUCAUGAAUGGAGAUUUUGCAGCUGUAAAGAUGGCUUCUUCCACCUGUCCCAUGGACCCCAUCAACAGCCUGGAGCUCCUGGAUCUCCUGUUCGAUCGGCAGGAUGGAAUUCUGAGACAUGUCGAUAUGGGCAAGGACUGGUGCCAUGCUGGAGACCAGCAGGUCCUGCCAGCCCCGGACUCUGAUGAUUUCCUCAGCUGUAUCUUGGGUUCUGGAGACUCAGUGCCCAGCUCUCCUCUCUGGUCUCCUGCGGACAGUGACAGCGGCAUCUCUGAAGACCUGCCCUCCGAUCCCCAGGAUACCCCUCCACACAAUGGACCUGCCGCCACCCUGACCGGCUGCCAUUUCUCAGAGUCUGGCAAGGGGCUCUGCCCCUCCUACCAUCCUGCCCCCCACAGCCCCCUCAAGCCCCUUGUUGGGCCAGUGGCCCAAGUGCUCGAGGCCUCCGUGGCCAUAGACCUAGAAAUGUGGAACCCGGGCCUCUAUCCUGAGGAGCAGGCUGAACUGGCAGUCUCGCCCCCAAGCGGCAACCUCACGGUGAAAGACCUCCUCCUCUCCGGCAGUGGUGGGGACCUGCAACAGCAUCAUCUGGCAGCUCCCCACCUAUUGAGACCUGGAACUGGGCAUUGCCAGGAGCUGGUGCUGACAGAGGAUGAGAAGAAACUGUUGGCCAAAGAAGGCAUCACACUGCCCACCCAGCUGCCCCUCACCAAGUAUGAGGAGCGAGUGCUGAAAAAAAUCCGCAGGAAAAUCCGGAACAAACAGUCGGCCCAAGAAAGCCGGAAAAAGAAGAAGGAAUAUAUUGAUGGCCUGGAAACUCGGAUGUCAACCUGCACUGCCCAGAACCAGGAGCUUCAGAGGAAAGUCUUGCAUCUUGAGAAGCAGAACCGGUCCCUCUUGGAGCAGCUGAAGAAACUUCAGGCCAUUGUAGUCCAGUCCACCAGCAAGUCAGCCCAGGCAGGCACCUGCAUAGCGGUCCUGCUUCUCUCUUUCGCUCUCAUCGUCCUCCCCUCCAUCAGCCCUUUUGCUCCCAACAAAGCUGAGAGCCCCGGAGACUUCACACCUGUGCGAGUUUUCUCCAGAACUUUGCACAACGAUGCUGCUUCCCGUGUGGCCCCCGAUACCACACCAGGUUCCGAGGACCCAGGACCUCAGCCAGAGGUGGGCGCACCCCAGGGAGGGUCUCCAGGCAGCCCCAGGGUGCACUGGAAGUCCCGGGACAUGCUAGCUCUGGACAACUCGAUGGAAGAGCUAAACAAGUCGACCCUGGUCCAAGGCAACUGGACAGAGGAGCUGAGCCGGGCCACCCUGCUGGACUGGGCCUCGCCUGAGCCAGCACUCAGCCCAGGCCGAGUUGGGCUAGAGACCGUGGGGGAGGAACUGUGAGCACCACCUGGACAUGACCCCAGUCCCCCUCUCCCCAAGGGCACUGUGGUGGGUGCUACAGUGGAGAGGCAGGGGAUUGGAGGUGAGGCAGAGACCUCUGUGGAGAUGCCAGGACGGAGAUGCACAAACUACAGCUACACACCUAGGGACCCAGACACAGGAGCAGAAACUGACACUCAGACACCGGGCAACCAUAAGGCCACAAAACCUGAGAAAUACACACACAGACCCAGGCACAGAAGGCAACAGGCAGAUACAUACAGAGUGAUCCACAGACCCAGACAGACAGAAAACACACAUGCCUCAACAAUUGCCCUGCCUGGGACUCCUCCCUGUCCCUUUACACACAGGGUGUAGGAAGCAGCUGAGACUGCAAGGACCCUGGCCCCUAAGCACUGGCUGAGCUCUGAACUUCAGGAUGGCCAUGGCCCACAGCCACCACCCACCUCCUCUAAGACUGGGGUGGUCCUUAAUAAAACAUUGUGACAGAACACAGCUGGUGUGUAAGCGGAAUCGGGUGCGGUUGGAGUUUGAGGCUCCCCAACCCCCAGAAGGUAGGUCUGGGCCAGCCUGGAAUGGGAGAGUGAGGUGGGG